GCUUUAACCCUUACAAUAACAAAAUUCAAAAACCUAUACUGACAACGUUCAUUUCUCUUGUGCCCAAGACUUCUUAGAGUUGAAGUCCGGAACCCUCGUAGGGUUUUGAGGUUUAAGACUUCUCGCAACAAAAAUUAGCUCUUUUUCCGAGCGAACUAAUUCACAUAAAUUGCUUUUUAACCAUACUCUGUUACAUAGAGAGAAACCAAGGCGGUGGAGAUACAAUGCAUACAUUUAAUGCUCCAGAUUAUAUUGCCACCUGACACUGAGGACGAAAAACAAAUUAGACAAACUUUCAAACCCCAUUCUGCAACUGAUAAGGCCUCUCGGCAUAAUAAUUAUUUGAGGGCAAGGGAGUUUUUACUGUAUUUUACAGUUGAGGAUAGUGCAGAUAUUCAGUUUUUUGAAAUUGUAGACAGAAGCCGCUAUGCAGCACGACGAGGUAAUAUGGCAGGUUAUUCGCCACAAUCAUUGCAGCUUUAUGGCCAAAACCCAAACACAGAAUUUUUGUCGAAACGAAUACAAUGUUACUGGGCUUUGCAACAGGAGUUCAUGUCCACUUGCCAACAGCAGAUAUGCGACUAUUCGGGAACAUGAAGGAAUUCUCUAUCUGUACAUGAAGUCAAUUGAAAGAGCUCACAUGCCAAACAAGCUAUGGGAAAGGGUUAAACUUCCAAGAAAUUAUGAGAAAGCACUGGAAACAAUUGACAAAUUUUUGCAAUAUUGGCCAAAAUUUCUCGUUCACAAGAACAAACAACGGCUGACGAAGAUGACACAAUAUUUAAUACGUAGGAGGAAACUUGCCUUAAAAGUCAGGGAGAAAGUUAUGACUAUGCCUACCAAGCAGAGGAAGAGAGAAGCAAGGAGAGAAGCAAAAGCUGAAAUUGCAGCUGUUCUAGAUAGAGCCAUAGAGAGAGAACUAAUAGAAAGGUUACAAAGUGGCACUUAUGGUGACAUAUACAAUUUCCCUGUCAAAGAAUAUGAAAAGGUCCUAGAAAUGGAGGAAAUGCAGGCAGCUAGUGAGGAAGAGGACAAUGCUGAGGAGGAGCCAGAGCCUGAAGUAGAGUAUGUGGAAGACUAUGAAAUGGAGGAAGAUGACAUGGAAGACUUUGUUGUUGCCAGUGCUGAUGAUGAAGAUGACAUGGAUCAAGAUACCGAAGAUGUAAAUAUGGUUGGGGCUGUGAAGACAAAGAAGUCACGGACAGAGUCAGGGUCAGCUCAAAGAAAGGUUGAUACAGAUAAUUUUAAAACAAAGUUGAAGAGGAAAACAAGACCCUAUGUGGAGGUUGAAUAUGAGGAUGCUGCUCAACAAGAAGUUGCAUACAACUAAUAUGAGGAUGCUGCUCUAAAAGAAGUUGCAUACAACUAAAUUGGUGUAACAUCUAAUGGCUAUUUUUGUAUAUCAACACUGAUUUGGAAAUGACAAAUUCUUAAAAGAUUAAGGACAGUAGUAUUUUUUCCUUUGAUGUAAUUUAUUGGUUUUCUCCAUUGCCAUCUCUGUAGUUGAAUAUGAUUGGUUUGUCAGAAUCUCAUUUAGUGGGACUGCAUUUAUAAGUCUAUGCUACCAUUCAACAAUGUUUAUGACAUUAUGUUUUUGUAUUAGCUCUAGUAUUGGCUCAUGCUGAGCUUUUUUGUUUGUAUCCCAACUAAUCAUUUUUUGUAGAACAGUUUAACUGCAAUUAAUAAUUCAAUGGCAUGGACAAAGGACCAUCAAUUUGGAACUCA